AUUCAAGAAUGUUGUUGACCAUUUUCUUGGUAACUAUAGAGCAUCAAGCUACAUUCACACGGUUGACAAACAUCUUACAGCAUGCAAGACCAUUUAGUGCAACAUGUUAUUGAAGAUUCAUUUUCUGCAUUCACACUUGGAUUUCUUACUAGAGGCUAUCAGUGACAAGCUUGUUGAAAGGUUUCACCAGGACAUUGCCACAAAGGAAAAAUGAUAUUGGGGCAACAGGAAUCCAUCAAUGCUGGCUGAUCAUUGUUGGACACUGCAGCAAGAUGCAUUGGAGAUUGAAUAGAAAUGAAAUUCAGCAGCAAAACACUUUUAGCUCUGUUGAACUCAUGCACCAUGUCAAAAACUUUACGUGAUUAAAUACAUUAUUGUCAUUCAAAGUUGAUUUCAUAUUUUUCAAGAUUCCUGUGUGAUAUAGUCAUUCUCUCUGGCCGCACAAACAGAUCUUCACACUGCUCAUCAUUGAUAAUGUACUGUAUCUGAUCUAUUGACCCACAAAAAUGCCCUCCUUAAUCUUGGCAUCAAUUAUUCUUGAAAACAUUUGUCCCAAAUAACAAAAACUUUUGUUUUUCAUCAAUCCAAGAUUUAUGUGAGCAGAAGCAAAAAUGUCUUUGUCACAUCAUCAAAUGGUUCAUGUGCCAUGUUUCUUCUGUCCCAGAACCAAAUUCUUUUGGGGAGGCCAUUUUUAAAAAAAUAUGUGACUCUCUUGCAUGUUUGUUCCAUUCGUCUAUGCAACAACAGUACUUGGUAUAUGCAAGUUGCAUUCUAUGCAGCAGAGCCACUACCUUUAGACCUCCAUAGAUAUUCUAGUUAUACUUGGUGUAUUGGAUGUGCUUUUACAGUAGUUCCAUGUUUUUGUAUAUUUCUUUCAUGCGUGCAGCAUAGCCAACAGUUACUGAAAGGUGUAUAUUGUCAUUGUGUAAAAAUAGGCAGAAGACUUCUAUAGAACAGUACAUGAUAAAUUAUAGGUUGCUUUCAUAAUUAGCAGCCAUAAACCUAUUACACCGAAAAGUGUUCAGGAAGCAAAAUCCUUAUUGUCCAGCAUUAUUUAUCCAUGACACAUGAAUGCAUAAUUCAACUUUUGUUUCACUUUUUUUUCUUUUGAUGACCCUUUAAUCCCUUUAUUCAGUGUGGAGUUGGGGCAACUGAAUGGAGGUGAGCCUUUAUUGGCCGGAUGCCCUUCCUGACGCCUUUAGGUUUUUUUUUCUUCCAGUAUUACUAAGAAAUACAGGCAGUGAUAUCCAUUAUGAGAUCAUCAAUAUCCCUGGGCAUCAUUAGAAUUUUCUGUGCAGUUCAAUUUUGCUAGGAAAUCCAUGAUGCAGCGCAUUGUAAAUCCACUAUUAAAACACAUUAUUCAUCGGAGUUCCCACGACGCUACAUCAAGAAAACUAUGUCUGCAAUAUUUAAAAAAUUUAAGAACUCUGCACCUUAACGACUACAAGACUAUAUUUUUAGGUGAAACUGAUCUUUCUGAAAGUCUCGUAACAGGAGACAAGUUUCCUUAUGAAGAUAAUCUCAACUGGCCUAUAUGGACAGUUGUACAUGCUGGCAACAGCCAAGGAUGGGUACCCUGGAGAUACAGAGUAUAUCUAAGGGAUGAUUUACCCUUAGGGCAGCAGGACGACAUGUUUCAGGAAUUCUGUGACUUUCUCUCUAUUACUUAUGGGAAGUGUGCCAUUGUGGUCAAAGAGAAAAAACGCUUAAGGGUGAAGACUGAAGCAUUUAACCAGGAAGGGGACAUAAUCGAUCCUCAGGCCAUUUCUCACCCCUACUUGUUGAACAUCAAACAAUGCCCUGAAAUUGCCAAGGCUACAGGUCACGAACUUCUUUCAGUGCCUUUUGAUUACAACUACUUGCAUCCUAUGGAUGCUGUCUGGUCAUCUUUGAAAUGGUUUAUUAUCAAUAACCGAAAAGACUUUUCUCUGACAUCCUUGGAAAGGACCUAUUCAUACCAGUGCAUCCUCUUCAGUGACCUGAUUGGGAAAGGAAUAGAGAAAACAAGCCCAACCAAAUGGAAAGUGGCUGUUAACAAAGUGCGGAGAUGGGAAAAUUACUAUUUGGAUAAGUUUUCCUGACAGCUUCCAGACAUUUGUCAAGUGAUCUUUGGUUGAAAACUGGCUAAUUCAUAUAUUAAACGUGCAUUUUCACUUUAUAAUUCUAGGUCAAUGAUAAUAAUAAAAAAUAGUUUUAAAAAAACUUUUAGUGUUAUAGUAUUAGAGUCACAUGCCAUUUAAGUAGAUUAAUUUAAUUUUGUCAUUAUGUGGACAAACAGCUAUUUGUAAAUAUGUAGAUACUUUGAGGAUAGGAAAAAAGAAAAAUAAGAACAGUUAUUAAGAAAUUAAUAUUUCUUAAAUCAAAUU